ACCAAGGACAAGCCAUUUCGAAUGGCCAUCGUUUUGUGUGUGCGACUGCAAACAAGCAAACAAAAAAACCAGCACUAUACGUUAAAGAAAUUAGCUCAACCUAUUAGCAUAACAUCAGCAUCGAUGCCUUCGGCCAACGAUGCUAUCCAGCAGGACUGGAAGUAGCAAGACUUAUCCCAUAGGGAUGGUGGACAGUGUUCCUCCAGGAAAAGAGAAUUAGAUAGCAAAAGAAACAAAUGCACUUAAAAGACUUCACAUCGAUACGUAUAAGGUGGAAGCCCGGGUGUACAUUGUGCCGAAUCUCCCAUCCUCGCUCCUGGAGGGGAAGAGUUGCAAAUGGAAGGCGACGAUAUUCUUCGCAGUUCCGCAACGAUGCGAGCAUGCGUGUAGGGUCUCUUUUUCUCCCUACCAGCAACCUCUUCUUCCUGCAUCCAGGAAGUACAUGGGACGUCAGGGUCGAUGGCACCAAACGCAGAGGUCCGGGAAAGGGGGAGGGAAAGGCGAAGGCGAGCGAGCGAGCGAGCGGACCGACCGAGGAGGCAGGCGAGCCGAGCCCCGGGGAGAGACGUCGUUCAUUGUUUUGUUUCCUCAGAGACGGGCAAUGAGUGACUUCAAAACCGCCUGGGCAGCCGCGUCUCUCACAGCAGCCUUGGGUCCCAAAGGCGGUGACGGCGGCGGCGGCGGAGGCUGCCUUUCGAACUAAGCCUCUCAGCCCUCCAUGCCCAUCGCGGAUUCCGCCUCCUCCUCCUCCUCCUCCUCCUCCUCUUUCUGCUCGGUUGUCGCCGCCGGUGUUUUGGAAGGCUGCGGGGCGCGAGGAGGGCUGGCCUUGCCGGCGCCGCUCUCGAAGGAGGAGGCGGCCGAGCAGGAUGGUGCGCCAGGCGCGGCGGCUCUUCUGAACGAUGGAAGGCGUCUUGUACAAGUGGACGAAUUACCUCACAGGUUGGAAGCCUCGCUGGUUUGUUCUGGAUAAUGGGAUAUUGUCCUACUAUGAUUCACAGGAUGAUGUUUGUAAAGGCAGCAAAGGAAGUAUAAAGAUGGCCGUUUGUGAAAUCAAAGUUCAUCCUACAGAUAGUACCAGAAUGGAGCUAAUAAUUCCAGGAGAACAGCAUUUCUACAUGAAAGCUGUUAACGCUGCUGAGCGACAAAGGUGGCUAGUAGCCCUUGGGAGUUCCAAAGCUUGCCUGACUGAUGCCAAAACUAAAAAAGAAAAAGAAAUAAGUGAAACCAACGAAUCUCUAAAAACCAAAAUGUCUGAACUGCGCCUCUAUUGUGAUCUCUUGAUGCAGCAGGUCCAUACAAUACAAGAAUAUGUACAUCAUGAUGGGAAUCAUUCCACACCAAGCAUUGAGGUAAUAUUAAUUGUUUGAAUGAGCUUUUAUUCACACAUUUUAAGUACUUGGAUUAUAAGGAUGUGCAAUAGUAUCAUGUUGGAUCUGAGAGUACCUUAACAGCCCAUCACUACCCUACUACCAGUAAUAA